AUGUGUUUAAAAAAUCAAGAAAUUCCCGGAUAUGUAUUGUUGGAAAAUGGAACUUUUCUCAGGGGAUAUCUUUUUGGAGCUGAUAUUGAGGCACAUGGCGAAGUUGAGUUUAGACUAAAAUUUUAUUUUAAUUUUUUAAUAGUUUUUCAAACUGGAAUGGUCGGAUACCCAGAAUCUUUAACCGAUCCUUCCUACCAUUCUCAGAUACUUGUCCUAACUUAUCCGUUGAUUGGUAAUUACGGAGUGCCUGAAUUAGUAAAUGACAAAUAUGGGAUUCCUACAAAAUUUGAAUCUCAUAGAAUUUGGGCGGCCGGAUUAGUUGUGGGAGAAUAUUGUGAUACCCCCAGUCAUUGGGAAAGUGUCAGGUCUUUGUCCGAAUGGAUGAAAGCAGAAAAGAUUCCAGGAAUUAGUGGAAUCGACACUAGACAGCUAACUAAAUUACUUAGAGAAAAUGGUAGCACUUUAGGUAAAAUAUGUAUAGGAUUACCUCCAGAAGACCCUCUCAACCUAUGUUUAUCAAUGAAAGAUCCAAAUCAAGAAAAUUUAGUUAAAGAAGUGUCCAUCACGCACCCUAAAGUAUAUAACGAAGGUGGAUUUCCAAGAAUUUGUGCAGUUGAUUGCGGUUUAAAAAAUAAUCAAUUAAGAUGUUUCAUAAAGAGAGGAGCAUGUGUUGAAGUAGUGCCUUGGAACUAUAAAUUUGAUAUAAAUAAUUUUGAUGGACUUUUCUUGUCGAACGGUCCAGGAAAUCCUGAAAUGUGUAAAGAAGUUAUUAAUAACUUGAAAAGCAUUUUAAAUUCGCAUAUUGUUAAACCAAUAUUUGGAAUUUGCCUUGGACACCAACUUUUGGCCACUGCUAUAGGAUGUAACACUUACAAAAUGAAAUAUGGUAAUAGAGGACAUAAUCAGCCUUGCAUCCAUGGAGAAACUAGAAAAUGUUUUAUGACUAGCCAAAAUCAUGGAUUUGCUGUUGAUGUAACUAAUCUACCAAAAAAUUGGAAUAUUUUAUUUACAAAUGCAAACGAUUGUUCUAAUGAAGGAUUAGUGCAUUCAACUCUGCCAUAUUUUAGUGUUCAAUUUCAUCCUGAGCACACAUCAGGUCCUGAAGAUUUAGAGCUUUUAUUUGAUAUAUUCUUAGAUUCAGUUAAAGCAUAUAAAUCAGGAAUCACUGUUAAACCUCUUAAAGAAAGCAUAACUAAAAUUUUUUCCUAUACACAUCACCCUUUGCCCAGACCGAAAAAAGUUUUGUUGCUCGGGAGUGGUGGCUUGUCUAUUGGACAAGCCGGUGAAUUUGAUUAUUCUGGCUCUCAAGCAAUCAAAGCUUUAAAAGAGGAAAAAAUUCAAACCGUUUUGAUAAAUCCUAAUAUAGCUACCGUACAAACCUCUAAGGGCCUUGCUGAUAAAGUUUAUUUUUUGCCUUUGGAAUGUGAAUAUGUUGAACAGGUGAUACGAUGCGAAAGACCUGAUGGUAUAUUAUUAACGUUUGGUGGGCAAACAGCAUUGAAUUGCGGUGUCGAAAUGGAACGAGCGGGAAUUUUCGAAAAAUAUGGAGUUCGAAUUCUAGGUACUCCUAUACAAUCCAUAAUUGACACGGAAGAUAGAAAAGUUUUUUCGGAAAAAAUACAACAACUCGGUGAAAAAGUUGCUCCAAGCGCGGCUGUUUAUUCAGUCUCAGAAGCGUUGGAAGCGGCCGAAAAUUUAGGAUAUCCUGUCAUGGCUAGAGCUGCUUAUUCUCUCGGAGGUUUAGGUUCCGGUUUUGCUCACAAUGAAAAAGAAUUGACGUUGUUGGCCCAUCAGGGUCUCACGUAUUCUAAGCAGUUAAUUAUAGAUAAAUCGUUAAAAGGUUGGAAAGAAGUAGAAUACGAAGUUGUCAGGGAUUCUUAUGAUAAUUGCAUCACCGUCUGCAACAUGGAAAAUGUGGAUCCUCUUGGAAUACACACUGGAGAAUCGAUUGUCGUUGCUCCUAGUCAAACUUUAACAAACAAAGAGUACAAUAUGUUAAGAACGACUGCAAUCAACGUCAUACGUCAUUUCGGUGUUAUUGGUGAAUGCAAUAUUCAAUAUGCACUCAGUCCGAACAAUGAAACUUAUUACAUAAUUGAAGUGAAUGCCAGGUUGUCCAGGAGUUCUGCGUUAGCCAGUAAAGCGACCGGUUACCCUUUGGCUUAUGUCGCUGCCAAAUUAGCACUUGAUAUCGCUUUGCCCGAUAUUAAAAAUUCAGUCACCGGAGGGACAACCGCAUGUUUCGAACCUAGUCUUGAUUAUUGUGUCGUUAAAAUUCCACGAUGGGAUUUGGGUAAAUUUUCACGAGUAAGCACUAAAAUUGGUAGUUCAAUGAAAAGCGUGGGAGAAGUUAUGGCUAUCGGAAGGAAAUUCGAAGAAGCUUUCCAGAAAGCAAUGCGAAUGAUGGACGAAAACAUGUUGGGUUUCGAUCCGUAUCUUAAGGCUCCGUCAGAGGAAGAAUUGGAACAACCCACGGAUAAAAGAAUGUUUGUUUUGGCCGCGGCACUCAAACAGGGUUAUUCGAUCGAUCGUUUAUACGAACUCACGAAAAUUGAUAAAUGGUUUUUACACAAAAUGAAAAACAUAAUUACCUUACAGAAUGAGUUGGAAACGGUUUCAACUGGAGAAUUGACCUCCGAUUUACUGUUAAAAGCUAAACAAUUUGGAUUUUCCGAUCGACAAAUAGCUUGCUUUAUAAAAAGUACAGAAGUGGCCAUUAGGAAAACAAGAGAAGAAAAAAAACUUACUCCUUUUGUUAAACAAAUCGAUACGGUUGCAGCAGAAUGGCCUGCCGCCACAAAUUAUUUAUAUUUGACAUACAAUGGAUUUGCACACGAUUUACCUUUUCACGGUGGAUAUACAAUGGUUUUGGGAUCUGGUGUUUAUCGUAUAGGAAGCUCGGUUGAGUUUGAUUGGUGUGCGGUCGGUUGUCUAAGAGAAUUAUCAAAAUUGGGAAAAAAAACGAUAAUGGUCAAUUACAAUCCCGAAACUGUGAGCACGGAUUACGAUAUGUGCGAUAGAUUGUAUUUCGAAGAAAUUUCCUUUGAAGCCGUCAUGGAUAUUUACAACAUUGAAGAUCCAGAGGGUAUCAUAUUGUGCAUGGGAGGACAAUUGCCUAAUAAUAUUGCCAUGGAUUUGUACAGGCAGAGAGCCAGGAUUUUAGGAACGUCUCCGGAAAGAAUCGAUGAUGCCGAAAAUCGUUAUAAGUUUUCUAGGCUUUUGGACCCAGGCAAUUAUUAUAUUACGUGGAAAAAUUUAAUCGACAUAAAUUCGGCCAUUGAAUUUUGCGAAACCGUCGGUUAUCCGUGUUUGGUUCGUCCAUCAUACGUCCUGAGUGGUGCCGCAAUGAAUGUUGCUCAUUCUGCUAAAGAUUUAGAGGAUUUUUUAAAAUCAGCAAUAGAAGUAAGCAAAGAUCAUCCGGUUGUAAUUUCAAAAUUUUUAUUGGAAGCCAAGGAAAUCGAUGUGGAUGCCGUAGCGUGCGACGGAGAAGUUUUAUGCAUGGCCGUGUCUGAGCACGUUGAAAAUGCUGGAGUUCAUUCAGGAGACGCUACGCUUAUGACACCAUCACAAGACAUAAACGCUCAAACUUUAAAAUCCAUUGAAUCGAUAACUUGUGAAAUAGCCUCUGCCUUGGAAAUUACGGGACCGUUUAAUAUGCAACUGAUUGCAAAGGACAAUGAGUUAAAAGUCAUAGAAUGCAACUUGAGAGUAUCCAGAUCGUUUCCGUUUGUUUCAAAAACUUUGGAUCACGAUUUUGUUGCAAUGGCCACUCGCGUGAUCGUUGGAGAAACAGUCGAACCUGUUGACGUACUUCGCGGAUGCGGAAAAGUCGGCGUCAAAGUACCUCAGUUUUCAUUUUCCAGACUUGCCGGUGCCGACGUAAUGCUCGGAGUUGAAAUGGCUUCAACUGGAGAAGUUGCUUGUUUCGGAGAAAAUCGUUACGAAGCGUAUUUAAAAGCCAUGAUGAGCACAGGAUUCAGGAUACCGGAAAAAUCAAUUUUGCUUUCCAUCGGAAGUUUCAAGCACAAAGUUGAGUUACUUCCCAGCAUGAGAGCUUUGCACAUGAUGGGUUACAAAUUAUACGCAAGCAUGGGAACAGCUGAUUUUUAUACGGAACAAGGAGUUAGCGUUGAACCCGUUCAAUGGACUUUUGAAAAUAUCGGAACCAGAGGUGAAUUAAAUCAUUUAUCGGAUUACCUUGCGAAAAAACAAUUCGAACUCGUUAUUAAUUUGCCCAUGAGAAAUGGCGGAGCGAGAAGAGUUUCUUCGUUCAUGACCCACGGUUAUAAGACGAGACGUCUCGCCGUCGAUUAUUCAAUUCCUUUAAUCACGGACGUCAAGUGCGCCAAACUUUUGGUUGAGGCUUUGUUGAAAAUCGGAAGAGCUCCCCCGAUGAAAACUCACACGGAUUGUUUGUCCAGUCGUCAGCUCGUUAGAUUUCCAGGAUUCAUCGAUGUUCACGUUCAUUUACGAGAACCCGGAGCGUCUCAUAAGGAAGACAUAUCGUCGGGAACGGCAGCUGCUCUUGCCGGCGGAAUAACUUUGGUUUGUGCUAUGCCCAAUACGAAUCCGUCCGUGACCGAUCAUAAAUCUUUGGAAUUGGUUAAAGAGUUGGCUCAAAAAAAUGCAAGAUGCGAUUACGCGUUAUUUUUAGGCGCUUCAUCAGAAAAUUAUAACAUUAUUCCAGAACUGGAAUCCCAAUCGGCGGGAUUGAAAAUGUACUUGAACGACACGUUCACGACUUUGAAAUUGAACGAUUUAACGGUUUGGUUAAAACAUUUCGACAGUUGGCCCAAACAUAGUCCCUUGUGCGUGCACGCGGAAAGUCAAACGACGGCUGCAGUUUUACUAUUGGCCACCCUUCAUAAUAGACCCAUACAUAUUUGUCACGUGGCUAGAAAAGAAGAAAUUCAAAUUAUAAGAGCGGCUAAAGAAAAAGGAUUACCCGUGACUUGCGAAGUUUGUCCUCAUCAUUUAUUUUUAACCGAUAAUGAUAUUCAAAGGAUUGGCGAGAAAAAAGGAAGAGUCAAACCGGUUGUAGGAACUUUGGAAGAUCAGCAAGCCUUGUGGGAUAAUUUGAAAUUUAUUGAUGUCUUCGCCACUGAUCACGCUCCUCAUACCGAAGAAGAAAAAUGUCAGGCCAAUGCUCCUCCCGGAUUUCCAGGUUUGGAAACCAUUCUUCCCCUCCUGUUAAAUGCCGUGAAUGAAGGACGUUUGACUAAAGAGGAUUUGAUCAAUAAAUUCUAUAGAAAUCCUAAAAGGAUUUUUAAUCUUCCGGAUCAAUAUAACACGUACGUGGAAGUAGACAUGGACGAAGAAUGGGUCAUACCCGAUUACAUGCCUUUUAGCAAAUCCAAAUGGACUCCGUUCGCGGGUAUGAAAGUCAAGGGAGCCGUCCAUAGAGUAAUUCUUAGGGGAGAAACUGCUUAUGUUGAUGGUAAAGUACUGGUUCCGCCCGGAUUCGGUUUGGACGUUAAAGGUCUGCAGUACAGAAAAGUAAAUCACGAUCAGUUGAUUGAAGGACAUAGAAAAUUUCAUUUCGAUGGUAUGUCAAGUUGCAAAUUGGAAACGCCUGCAAUGUUGGACGAAUUAAAAAGCAAAGAUUUGGGAAGGAGUUUAGACGGUACGACAAAAUUAAGCGUCGACGUACAUUUUUCUACAUCACCUAAAAACAUUAUGGAAUUUGGGGGAGGAGACGCAAAACCUCAAUACCAACAAUAUUUAUCUCCGUCUCUUAGCCACGAUUUAAAUCGUUCAAAAAGUGUUUCAAAUCCCAAUUUGUACGGCCCGCAUUUACUUUCAUCUUCUUCCGUCGGUCAAAGUUCUUCGCACAAUUUGGCAGGACAACAUAUAUUGUCCGUGGACACAUUCACGAAAGAUAAACUCAACGAUUUGUUCAACCUGGCACGAAGUUACAGGUUUUUGGUGUUGAAAGAACGACCUCUGUCGCACGUCUUGAAGGGUAAAAUAAUGGCCGCGGUUUUUUACGAAGUGAGCACACGUACAAACUGCAGUUUUUCCGCAGCCAUGCAAAGACUCGGAGGAACUGUCAUUCACAUGGAUUCCGUGAGUUCUUCCGUUAAAAAAGGGGAAUCCCUUGAAGAUUCAAUAACCGUAAUGGCAAGUUAUUCGGACGUUGUCGUUUUAAGACAUCCCGAACCGGGAGCCGUCGGGAAAGCUGCCGCGACGUGUCGUAAACCUUUGAUAAAUGCCGGAGACGGAGUGGGAGAACAUCCGACUCAAGCGCUUUUGGAUGUAUUUACCAUAAGAGAAGAAAUAGGAACCGUGAACGGAUUGACAAUAACCAUGGUCGGGGAUUUGAAGAACGGUAGAACGGUGCACUCCCUCGCCAGGCUUUUGACAUUGUAUAACGUUCAAUUGAAAUACGUUAGCCCUCCCGGUUUGGGAAUGCCCGAAGAAGUUAUGAAUUACGUGGGUGAAAAGGGGAUACGCCAGGAACAAUUACAAUCAUUAGAGUCCGUUCUCCCCGACACGGACGUUCUUUACAUGACGAGAAUACAAAAGGAAAGAUUCAAUUCGGAAAAAGAAUACGAAGAGGCGUGUGGAAAAUUCAUAGUCACUCCACAAUUGAUGACGAAAGCAAAACGAAAAAUGGUCGUUUUGCAUCCUUUGCCGAGGGUAUUCGAAAUAAGUCCAGAAUUCGAUACGGACCCCCGGGCCUGCUACUUCAGACAAGCUGAAUACGGUAUGUACGUAAGAAUGGCACUUUUAGCCAUGGUUUUGGGAAGGUCAUAA